GCCUGGGAAGAGCAAUGUUUUCAUGCCUGCAGACGAGCUGCGGUACUCAGUCCGUCAUGGCGCCCGUGAUGUCGCUGAUGAAGGAGGGGACCUCAUAGUAUCGUGUUGUAUAUCGCGUCGGUGCAAAUUAUCCAGUUCGUUUAGCUACUCUGGGCUGAAAGACUUUAAACCCUCCUCUGAACCGGCCAUGACCGUGGAGCAGAAUGUCCUCCAGCAGCAUUCUCAGAAGCAUCAGCAGACUCUACUAAACCAGUUGAGGGAGAUCACAGGAACCACAGACGUUCAGUUACUUCAGCAGGCUCUGCAGGUGAGCAACGGAGACCUGGCCGAGGCUGUAGCCUUUCUGACGGAGAAGAAUGCAAAGGUCCCUCAGCAGGAUGAGGCAACCUACUACCAGACAUCCCAGGUGGCCAGCGACAGAUACAUCAGUGUGGGCAGCCAGGCAGACACAAUUGGUGCUGGUGCUGGUGCAGAUGUCAUUGACCUGACUGGGGAUGAUAAAGAUGACCUGCAGAGGGCUAUCGCCCUCAGCCUGGAGGAGUCCAGCCGUGCAUUUAGGGAGACGGGCAUCACUGACGAGGAGCAGGCCAUCAGCAGAGUUUUGGAGGCCAGCAUAGCAGAGAACAAGGCGAGUCUGAAGCGCACCCACACAGAAGUAUGGAGUGAUUCACCCAACCCACAUGACAGGAAGAGGAUAGACAACUGCCCUGUGGGGCUGAAAAAUGUUGGCAAUACCUGCUGGUUCAGUGCUGUCAUUCAGUCUUUGUUCAACCUGCUUGAGUUCCAGAGGCUGGUGCUCCACUACUCUCCACCAGCCAGAGUCCAUGACCUGCCUCGCAACCAGAAGGAGCACAGAAACCUGCCCUUUAUGCAGGAGCUGAGGCACCUCUUCUCCCUCAUGGUGGGGUCCAAGAGGAAAUAUGUGGAUCCGUCACGAGCUGUGGAAAUCCUCAAAGACGCCUUUAAGUCCAGUGAGUCACAGCAGCAGGAUGUGAGCGAGUUCACCCACAAGUUGCUGGACUGGCUGGAGGACGCCUUCCAGAUGAAGGCUGAAGAAGACAGGGAGGGCGAGAAACCAAAGAACCCCAUGGUGGAGCUUUUCUAUGGUCGCUUCCUUGCUGUGGGCGUCCUGGAAGGUAAAAAAUUCGAGAACACGGAGAUGUUUGGACAGUACCCACUGCAGGUGAACGGCUUCAAAGAUCUUCACGAGUGUCUUGAAGCUGCAAUGAUUGAGGGCGAGAUCGAGUCCCUGCACUCGGCAGAGAACUCUGCCCGGUCUGGACAAGAGCACUGGUUCACAGAGCUCCCUCCCGUGUUGACCUUUGAACUGUCAAGAUUUGAAUUCAACCAAGCACUAGGAAGACCUGAGAAGAUCCACAACAAGCUGGAGUUCCCCUCGAUGCUCUACCUGGACAGGUACAUGGACAGGAACAGGGAAAUAACCAGGAUCAAGAGGGAGGAGAUCAGGAGGCUUAAGGAGCAUCUGACGCUCCUCCAACAGCGACUGGAGAGGUAUCUGAGUUAUGGCUCAGGCCCCAAGAGGUUUCCUCUGGCAGAUGUCCUCCAGUACGCCAUGGAGUUUGCCUCCAGUAAGCCUGUGUGCACUUCCCCUGUAGAGGACAUUGACCCAUCAGUGCCUCCCGGUGGCACAGCAGGACAACAGCUGCCCCCACCAAGCACAGCCGAGCAGGAGUCCCUGCCCCCCCCAGAGAGCUCAGGCUCUGCUUCAGGUCCCACCACAGCUUCUACUGCAGCCCAGCAACAGAGAGUACCCAUUCAUAAACCCUUUACACAGUCCCGACUUCCUCCUGACCUGCCAAUGCACCCUGCCCCGCGGCACAUCUCAGAGGAGGAGCUGAGGGUGCUUGAGGGCUGCUUGCAUCGUUGGAGAAGCGAAGUGGAAAAUGACACCCGUGAUCUGCAGGGCAGCAUAAACAGAAUCCACCGAACCAUAGAGCUUAUGUACUCUGACAAAUCUAUGAUGCAGGUGCCAUACCGGCUUCAUGCAGUGCUGGUUCAUGAAGGCCAGGCCAAUGCAGGCCACUACUGGGCUUAUAUCUACGAUCCACAUCAGCGCUGCUGGAUGAAGUACAAUGACAUCUCAGUCACUAAGUCGUCCUGGGAGGAGCUGGUCAGAGACUCGUUUGGAGGCUACCGCAACGCCAGUGCAUACUGUCUCAUGUAUAUCAACGACAAGAAGCCCUUUCUCAUAGAAGAGGAGUUUGAUAAGGAGACGGGACAGCUACUCAGUGGUUUGGACAAACUGCCUCCAGACCUGAAGCACUAUGUGAAGGAGGACAAUGAGCUGUUUGACAAGGAGGUUCAGGAGUGGAACACCCUGCAGGCCCGCAAGGCCCAGCAGGAGAAGCUGGCGCUGGUCGCUGCGGCCGCCACUGCCGCCGCAGCUGCCUCCGCAGCGACCAGCAACUCCACCACUUCCUCCUCCCCUCAGCCCAUGAGUACUGAGUCAAGCCCCCCAGACAACACAGUGGCCCAGCAGGAGCCAGAGUACAUGGAGCAGCCGUCACCCACAGACGACUCCAAACACCUGCAGGAGGACACAGAGAGAGCCAUCUCCAGAGCUGCUGCGGAGCAAGAGGAGAGAAGCCCCGAAGCAUUGUUAAAUGCUUCUGUUCCCCCUCCCACUUCCCCUCAGCCUGAGGUCCAGGUGAGCAACCCCUCUACCCCUCCUCCUGACCUGGUCAUGGAGGAUGAGUUCCCAGGCCAGCGUACCGUUGAGGUGGCCAUUCCCAAUGUGGGGACCUUUGUCAUUGACUCAGAAGAGGGGGGGUAUGAUGACGAGGCGAUGCUGACCCCCAACAUGCAGGGUAUAAUAAUGGCCAUUGGCAAAUCCGGCUGCAUACAUGAAAAGAAUGGGCCUGAGGCAGCCUUUUUUAAGGCCAUAAAGCUGGAGUAUGCUCGUCUUCUGAGAUUCGCCCAAGAGGACACAUCACUUGAGAACGACUACCGACUUCAGCACGUCAUCGUCUACUUCAUCCAAAACCAGGCCCCCAAGAAAAUCCUAGAGAGGACUCUGCUCACACAGUUUGCUGACAGGAACCUGGCAUUUGAUGAGAGAUGUAAGAGCAUUAUGAAUGUGGCACGUGCCAAACUGGACCUUAUUAAGCCGGAGGAGGUCAACAUGGACGAAUACGAGAUGUGGCAUCAGGACUACAGCAACUUCCGCGAGACGAGUGUCUUCAUGAUUACUGGCUUGGAGCUCUUUCAGAAGAGAAAUUACGUGGAGGCUCUGAUGUAUCUGAUUUACUCGUAUCAGUACAACAAGGAGCUUUUGUCCAAAGGGCUGUAUCGAGGUCAUGACGAGGAGCUGCUGAGUUAUUACCGUCGAGAGUGUUUGCUGAAAUUAAACGAACAAGCGGCCGCCAUGUUUGAAUCCGGAGAAGAACCCGAGGUGACCACGGGCUUAGGAAUCAUGAACGAGCUGGUGGUGUCCUGUAUCCCUCUGCUGCUGGUCGACGACACGGAGAGAGACCUGCUGGCGGUGGAGGACAUGAGGAACCGCUGGUGCUCUUACCUGGGCCAAGAGAUGGAAUCCAACCUCCAGGAGAAGCUCACCGACUUCCUCCCCAAGUUACUGGACUGCUCCACGGAGAUCAAAAGCUUCCACGACCCGCCCAAGCUGCCCUCCUACUCCACUCUGGAGCUGUGUGAACGGUUCAGCCGCAUCGUGGCUGCCGUCAGAAGGAUCCCCAGCGAGGGCAGAUGAGCUCAGAGGGGCGGCCAGACACCCCUCCCUUUUUCACAGGCCCGACCCAGGGCAGAAAUCCAUGGACCUCUCUUAACCCAUGCCUUCCUUUAUAAAUCAAGGGGUCACUUGCUUCUAGCUGUUACUCCUCCGUUUCUCUUUUGCUGCUAUAGGUUUUAUCACAAUAAAUAUGAUUUCAUUUUUAUUUCUAAGCAAAACACAACGGCGGAAAGAAGCAGGAAGAGACUGUUGGGAGGUGAUAAGUAAAUAUGAGAGGAGAAGUUGAUAGGGGGGGGGAGGGAUGGGGAGAAUAACUGGGACGAAUAACUGGGACUGCCAGCCUGCAGUGGUUGAAAGCACACUCCGCUUCAGGUUUGUUAAAAAACAUGAGUUUGAGAGUUUUUCAUAGUUUAUUACUGUUGUUGUUGCUGUUUGAUUCAAGCUUCUCCAGCCACGUUCAUAGCCCUUUCUAAAGCCCCCUCCUCUGCGUGGAGAGGAUCACCCUGCUGCUCGGCCUCCAGUUUGGUACAGUAUUACCAUGUUUUGUUUUAUUUUUCUAAGGAAGUUAGGAAGAGAGCCUCCAGUUCUGUCAGCGGCUCGCAGGAUCUCAAAUCGGUCUCAUGUCUUGAUGGACUGCAGCAGAGUGAGAUGUUUUAAGUGCUGUGGUAGACGGCCACGGACCUUCUGUGGCUUGUUAAUAAAUUGAGAGAAUAAAGUUUUAUUUAUGGCCCCUUUAGGCCAAAUAAAAAAUGCUUUGCCUUGCUGUUUUU